AUGAAGCACCCGUUCCAAAUAGUGUUGACUAAUAAGUCUGGAGCCCUUUUGUUCACAGCCACACAAAGCCAUAUCCAAGUUUUCAGCACUGAAAAUGGUGAAAGAGUCGGUGAAUGGACUGAUGAUAUCGAUACUACAGAAUCCAUCAAGGAAAAAAUAAAGAAAGAACAACAAAGACAAAAAGAGCAAAAAGAGCUUGAACAAAAGGAAUCAGGAAGUGAUAGUGCAGCAGAACCAUUAAAGAAGAAAAGAAAAAGCAACAAUUCCGAACCAAAAGUCCCAACUCCAGGUCCAGGUGCACCAAAAGUUUACAAUUAUAUUAGAACUUUGAUCUUAUCAAAUAACGAAAAAUACUUAAUUGGUACAACCGAUUCAGACAAAUCAGGGGUGAUAUUCGAAUUGGAUUUAAAUAAUGAGAAGAAUAUUUUGAAGCUACUGAAGAGACAACCUUUCCCAAAAAGACCUUCAGCCAUUUCAACUUCUAAAGAUGAUUCAAGUUUGGUUCUUGGUGAUAAAUUCGGUGAUGUUUACUCUACGACAAUUGAUACACAAGAAGCUAGAGAAAUAAACUCAGAGGCUGAACCUAUCUUGGGGCAUGUUUCAAUGCUUACAGAUGUCACCAUGGGAUCUCAUGAUGAUAAAGAAUACAUCUUUACAGCUGAUCGUGAUGAGCAUAUCAGAAUCUCAAACUUCCCAAAGUCAUAUGUUAUUAAACAUUGGUUAUUUGGACAUCAGCAAUUUGUCUCGGCUUUGACAAUUCCAUCUUGGAACCCUGAUCUAUUGAUUAGUGGUGGUGGUGAUGAUUAUAUCUUUUUAUGGGACUGGUUUAAAGAUUCAAAUCAAUUGUUGGAUAAACUCAAUAUCAGAGAAAUUGUUGAACCAUACUUAAAUGAAUCACAUUUUGCUCCAUCUAAAUUUCAAAAUGAAUCCGCUGAUUUAAAAGAAACUUGUGUCUCAAAAAUUCUUGCAUUACCUGAUAAUUUCUUUGCGGUCUUGAUUGAAUCAACCAAGGUUAUUGUUUUUCUAAAAUAUAAUGAAGAAUCUAAAAAAUUAGCUUUGGACAAAAUUCUUCAGUUAGACAAUGUUAUUAUCUCAAUAACAGCUUCAGAUGAUAAACUAUUCGCUGCAGUGGAAUCAGAAGAGGAUCUAUUAAGAGUUGUUGAUUUAAAUACUAAAGAAUUGUUACCAAAUUCUGAAAGUAUCACUAAAAUCUCAACGAAUUCAAAAGUUGAUAUUUCUUCAAAAGAUGAACUGUAUCCAUUGUACACAGUCUAUCAAUUACGUAAAAGAAGUGAGCAUUAA